CUCCCCCUCGCUUCCAUCAUUUUACCAUCUCUUACUCUCUUCCCCUCAACAAACAUGGCCGCGAAAUCUGAUGGUGUUCCUGUCUCUCCGCAAAACGAAAUCCCACCCGAGUGUCCCGCCAGGUCCGACCCGGCACCCCGGGAGCGCCGUCUGAACGAGCAUCGGUACAGCCUAGAGGACUUCUGCUGGACGCUCUGCGUCCUUUUAGUCUUUUUCUCGGACGGGGCCUCAGACCUGUGGCUGGCUGCUGACUACUACAUAAGGAAGCAGUACUGGCGCUUUGCCUUGACUCUGGUCUUUGUGAUAGUCCCGUCCGUGGUCGUCCAGGUGUUGAGCUUUCGGUGGUUCGCGUAUGAUUUCACGGAGACCGUGGAGAGCGGCUCCGCCGCGGCCGCUGUGGUGGCAGCGUCGGGAACGGAGGGAGGCGACUUCAGCACCAAGGACAGCGGCGAGUGGGGCGCUGGCCGGGCUGCCGCGGCCGGGGUGCUGCCGGGGCCGUCCAGCGGGGGGCGAGUCCGGGGCUGCUGCAGAGCCUUCAUGUGGUUCUUUCAAGCCCUCAUUCACAUUUUACAGCUGGCACAGGUCUGGAGGUAUGUCCACACCUUGUAUUUGGGAGUGCAGAGCCGCUGGCAUGGAGACCCGGAGCGCCGGCACUAUUACUGGCGCAUGAUGUUUGAGAGUGCAGAUAUCAGCAUGCUGCGUCUGCUGGAGUCCUUCCUGAAGAGCGCUCCGCAGCUGGUGCUGCAGCUCAGCAUCAUAAUCCACACCAAUCAGGUGCUGCCUCUUCAGGGGAUUUCAGCUUCUACCUCACUGCUAUCCCUCGCCUGGAUGAUCUCUUCCUACCAGAAAGUCCUGAGAGACUCAAGAGAUGACAAGCUUCCCAUGACCUACAAAGCCGUGAUGGUCCAGAUUCUGUGGCACCUGUUCACCAUCGGUGCUCGCGCGCUGGCCUUUGCUCUGUUCGCCUCCAUAUUCCAGCUUUACUUUGGAAUCUUCAUCGUGGCCCACUGGUGCAUCAUGACCUUCUGGAUAAUCCAAGGCGAGACUGACUUCUGCAUGUCCAAGUGGGAGGAGAUCAUCUAUAACAUGAUGGUGGGCAUCGUGUAUGUUUUCUGCUGGUUCAGUGUCAGAGAGGGGCGCACCCGUUGCAGGUUGCUCAUCUACAGCUUGACAGUGUUCACUGAGAACGUGGCGCUCACCACUGCCUGGUACAUGUGCCGUGGAACCACAGAGCACCACGGCGGCCCAGACUUCUACACCGUUAUCAUGGUGUGUGUGGUAGCCAGCAGCUACGCUCUUGGCACCUUCUUUAUGUUUGUGUAUUACUGCCUGCUGCACCCUGAUGGCUCCAUGUCAGGGUGGGGUUAUAUAGUACAGAAGGAGGUACCUGUGGACAUGCUGGCUUCCCCAACCUCCAGCCUCCCUCCAGAUCUAGUUAGCAGCCCUCCGAGGACCCUUCAGAGAACUAAAGGGUUGGACAGUGUGCCUGGGAUGGAUGGAGACGUCUUUAAGGUACGCCCUCCUAGGGGAGCUAAGCCCCUAAUGCCUCAUCUCAAACCCAGGACAGAGGGGCCCGUCAUCCGAAUAGACUUACCAAGGAAGAAAUACCCAGCGUGGGACGCUCACUUCAUUGACCGCCGGCUGCGUAAAACCAUCCUGGUGCUCGAGAGCGCCGCGCCCGUCACGCCAAGGAUUCAGUACCGCUGCUUGAGCACAGCCAAAGAAGUGAUGGAAUACGAGACCACAGUGUGAUGUGCCGAAGAUGCUGUGACUCACAACCACGUGGACAUCCAGCCUUAAGUGAAGAUGGCAGGAAGACUGCUGUCGGUGCACAGUCUGUUUCAGCUCCAUAAGCUCUGAUUGCUCUCUUUGCUGGCAGGCAGUGCACACAAACAGGCAAUGAAAGGUGUGGAGUGAUGUGUCUUUAUGUUCUGCUAGAAAAAGGGUAAAAAAAAAACCUUGCAAUGUUGUGUACAGAAGGAGCAUACUUUGGUUUCUAUAUCAGUUCUCAGGUCAUAAUGUGGCACAAGAGGUGAACUUAGAGAAAAGCACAGGCAGGCAGAGAAGUGACGCUGUUAGUAGCUCCUCCGUGAGGGAGCACCAAGGCGUCUUCUGCAGGGGGUCGACAGCGGAGACAAGCCUUCAGCAUGCAGGAUUAUUUAUGGCAGCUAGAACACUGCUGAGUGACUCUGUGAGGCUGUUAAAAAUGUUAAUCCUGCAAACAAUCUAUAAGAACCACGGCACUGGUAGUUUUCUUGGUGUUUGUCAUUUUCAGUAGCUUAGAAUCAUUUUGCAAGUUUCUGAAGAGUGGAAGGUAAAAGCAAGAUUUAGGCUGAAUGUAAAAACUGGGGACAGUGUGAAUAUUUAAAACAAGGCUUUUUAAGCAUUUUCAUCUUGUUAGUAAGUUUUUAACAUUCCUGUGGUUCUUAUUUCAGCUAAAAUGGAAAAAAAAAUGAAAUUUGUUUACAAGCAGUGUGUUAAAUCAUUAUUUUCUCUUUUAAGAAUGCAUGUGUGCUGAAAAACAUUUUUGUUGUGAUUUUCAUCAUUUUUACAGGAUGUAAUUGUGAUGGACUUUACAUGUCUUUACUUACCCCAUCUUAAGCAGCAAAAGCUACAUGACAGAUUAUUAUUAUUUAACAUGUAAAUUACUGUAAAAUGAAGAGGAUGUUUUAGAGGGACAGCAGUGUUUGUUGUUGUACUGUACUGAUACUUUCUUAGAGUAACUAUCUUAAAAAAUGUAGAAUAAACAAGCAGUUCCUAGUUCUUGAAUCCAAAAAUCAAAGCCAUGAUAGUAGUUGUGGUACAAAUAUGAGGCUUAAUUUUGGUUGUGCUUUGAUUUCCUGACAUUUUAUAGUUGUUACUUUUCCUUACUCAAAUUUCCAAAGUUCUUAAUCAUUUUUGCCCAAUUUAAAAGUACAACAACAAAAGUACAGUAGUAAAAUAUAAGUUAAAAUGGAGAAUGGAUGGACAGUUUGUUGCUUCAUUAUAUUUCCUGAAGUCUAUAAUGUGACACAAAUCUUCUAAAAGUCUUUGUGUGUUUUUGUUUUCUUCAGCGGUCUAAUUCCUCAGACCAGUCUGGUUCAAAGGUUAAACCUUGGAAGCACAAUCACCUUUAGACACUUAACUGAUCUUUUCCAGUUUACCAUCCUAGCACAAUCUGGGCAUUUUUAAGCCAAAAUUAAUGACAAAGUGUUUUUCUUAGGAUAAAAGAUAUAUGAGUUUCUGACCUGAAAUCUAAAUCUUACCAAGGUUUUGUUUCUAUAAUGUGGACAGAAAAUUGAUAUUUCUGAAUCUUGUGUUUUUGGGGUGUCUGUCCGAGCUCACAGACCAGCAUGUGUAAAGAUAGUGGAACUGGGUGGGGGGGUUAGGAGGAAUUCAUCUGAAAUGAUGUCAUUGAGAUGUUACGCUUCUCUGGUAAGACCUUAGUUUGUUCUUCGAAACGACACUAAAAUAGAUCCACAGCCCACAGAGACUCUUUUUUUUGCUAUCCCUGCUGCAGUUUCCCAAAGCCAGUCAGGCUUUAGUUUUGGUGCUAAAUGUUUGAGUCCAUCAUGUGAGAACCAUAAAGUGUACUGUAAAAAGAGCUGGUUGUGGCAGGACCUGGGUGGGGCUGUACCUCAGAAACAAAGCUGAAAUCAAAAGCCUUAAGCUGGUUGUGCCAGCUGUUCUGAUACAAAAAGUAAAAAUUUAUCAACAAGAAGGUGAUGACAAUUUCAUUGUGGUAUUGUUGCUAAAAUAAAGAGCAAUUUGUUUACCUGAA